AUGGAAUUGAAAGUACUACAACUGAACCUCAACCACUGCGAGGCUGCGCAUGAUUUGCUCAUGCAAACCGUGCGCGAACUGAAGCCAGAUGUCGCAUUGAUCUCGGAGCCAAACAGACACCUCUCAACAAAACCUUGGGAAUCGGACAGCACCUCGGGGCAGUCAUUUGGUCCUGCGGCAAAUGCCAAACAACACACGCAUGUGGCAAUCGCCGGUGACUUCAACUCCUGGGCUACGGACUGGGGCAGCAAAGCGACUAAUGCCCGAGGAAAAGCACUGCUGGAAGCGAUGUCCACUCUGGACGUGGUCCUGCUCAACAGCGGUAAUAAACCAACGGUUGUAAGGGGAGAAGCAAGUUCCAUAGUGGACCUUACAUUUGUUAGUAGUAGCCUCGUUAAAGGAAGUCACUCGUGGGAGGUGACGGACAUUUACAUCGCCAGCGACCACUGUGCCAUUCUGUGGAAAGUGUCCACUGGCCAGAACACGAGAAGGGUGAACAGCAAAACCAACCAAAUAGGUUGGAAGGUGAGCUCUUUCGAUCCCGAAUCUUUCAAGGUAACCCUAAGUUACCAUAAAACCGGAGACGGGUGUGCUGAAAAGAAGUCAGAAGACAUGAUGAGAAGAGUCUCGGAAGCCUGUGACGCCACUAUGCCCCGAAAACGCGGAACGAAUCACCUUCCACCAGUUCACUGGUGGAAUGAUGACAUCGCUGCCCUCCGUAAAAAAUGUCUUGCCACAAGAGGGGCUUCGCAGCGAGGCAGAAAUAGUGCAAACCCUGCGCAAUUGGUGGAAGAGUACAAAGUGACACGCCGACAACUCAACAAAGCCAUCAAAGGAUGCAAAAGAAAAUGCUGGAAUGAGCUUAUUAAUGAAGUAGAGGGUAACCCGUGGGGUAGACCGUAUAAGGUGGUUAUGUCCCAUUUGAGAUACCAAUCAAUGCCGACCCCCACGUGUCCCAGACUUCUUGAGGCGAUUGUAUCGGCGUUGUUUCCCGAACAAACAAAACUACAGCACCUGACGGACCUGCAAGAAAUCGAGGAAAUACCGUUGAUCACAGAAAAACAGCUGAUGGAGGCCUGCAACAGAAUCGGGAAUACGAAGGCAUCGGGCAUGGAUGGAAUUCCGAAUGUCGCCCUCAAGAAAGCCAUCAAAACAGCGCCAUAA